CUGCCCAUGCCGCUGCCUGCGCCUCCCCUGCCGCCUGCGCCGCCCCGCCGGGCGCGGGGGCUGCUCUCCAUCCUGGGCCUGGCCCUCGGGAAGCCGCUGUGGAUGUAGUAUUACUUCUUCCUCCUCCUCCUCGGGGCGGCCCCUCGCCCCCCGCCCCGCCUCGCCUUCCCUCGCCUCGCCUCGCCCCGCCGCGGGGGUCUGGUCUGCCCCAGCACCCCGGCCACCGGGACGUCUGGGAUGCUGGCUGGGUCUUCCUGAGAGAGGAGCGGAUUUCAGGUCGGGGCGGUCUCCUCUGGGUUUCCCCCCGGUGCCUGGGCUGCGCCUUCACUCGGCGGCGGUCUGCAGCCUCCGCGCAGGGUGGUUGAGCACCCGCCCGGGCAGGGGAGAAAGAAAAGGAUGAACAAGAACGCACCUGAUCUUUUUUCUUUCAACUGCACGUGCUUCGGCAUCGAGGAGGAAAUGGAUCUGAAGUAAAUUGUCUCAUGGAUGCUAAGGGUGCGCCUGGGAAUAAAACCCUCGCAGCCUCGUUGUGCUUAUUUGUAUCGGGUGUUGCAAACUGAGGAGGGAAAUGCUGAGAAGAGGAAAGUACCUCUGAGAGCUCCCCACUUGGUCAUGAAUGAAGCCGCAUCCAAUGCAAUAACUGGAUUAUAAUUGUUGUUGUGAUUAAUAUUACUGGCUGCUUUACUUUUGGGGGUUCGCCCUGCUCCUCCUCUUCCUCCUCCUCACUGGUUCCCUGUCGGGAAGUAUGGCUAAUCCUGGGAGAAGAGGCUAUGAUAACCGGGAGAUAGUGCGGAAGUACAUCCAUUACAAACUGUCACAGAGGGGAUACGACUGGGCUGCCCACCAAGACAGAGCACAGGGUCCUCCAAGUUUCUCUCCUGCUGCUGCUGUUGCUGCUGCUGGGACUUCCUCUGACCACGCUGGGCCGGUGUCUCUGCAUCCUGAGCCUGCUGGCUCAGCUGCUGCUAGUAAUGUGCCUCCUGGUAAUGAGCCGGGCCCAGCCCCACAGGCUGUCCACCUGACCCUGCGCCAAGCGGGAGAUGAUUUCUCCCGCCGCUACCAGAGUGACUUUGCCCAAAUGUCUGGCCAGCUGCACUUGACCCCCUUCACAGCCAGGGGGCGCUUUGUGGCGGUAGUGGAGGAGCUGUUCCGAGACGGGGUGAACUGGGGGAGAAUUGUGGCCUUCUUUGAGUUCGGUGGCGUGAUGUGCGUGGAGAGUGUCAACCGGGAGAUGUCGCCCCUCGUGGACAACAUUGCAACAUGGAUGACGGAGUACCUAAACAGGCACCUCCAGAACUGGAUCCAGGACAACGGAGGCUGGGACGCCUUCGUGGAAUUGUAUGGUAACAACAUGAGACCUUUGAUCGACUUCUCCUGGAUCUCCUGGAAAACUAUCUUAAGUCUGGUUCUGGUGGGAGCCUGCAUCACUCUUGGCGCUUAUCUAGGACAUAAGUGAAGUUGACCGGUUCAUCAUGGAUUACAAAAGUCUUACAAACAGUAAAAUAAUACGACUUUUGUUUUCUGUGGCACAAUGCUAUUUUAUGAGAAGAAUAACUUCCUGGCUAAUUAUUAAAUCAGCUAUUACUGCCAAAGGGAAUAUCAUUUAUUUUUACAUUGCAGGAAAAUAUUUAUUAAAGAUAUUUACAUUUAACCUGCUAUUUUCAUAAGCCCUACAAGUUAUAUCCAAGUAGCACAUGAUGAUGUUAUGUAUUUUAAUUAGCCCUAAAGACUUAGCUUUUUUUUUUUUUUAAUUCAAGCACCUGAAUGGAUUAUUUUCUUUGAAGAAUAUAUAUACUGACAAAGACCUACCUGCUCACACUUGGAGAGGCAGUUUCUUGAGCUGCUGAAAGCUGUGUAAUGGUGUUGGUUUUGCUUACAUUCUCUUGUAUGGUGGAGGGCAGUCCUAAAAAGCCCAGAGUGAAUGGAUGUAGAAUUAUUUCCUGCUGCCAUGGACUGACAUUAGUAUCUGGUUCAGUAUGGUACAUACUUGGAGUCAAAGUGGCAACUUCUUGAAGGAUGUUGUCCAUAGGAUAAUUCUCUACAGGACAACAGCAUGAAGUUUGAUUGCACGAAAAUGUGUUUUAACCUACAAAUUUUGCCAUCUUGCCAUAAUCACCACACUAUCAUCUGAUACCUUAAAAGAAGGAUAUGUCAACUUAACAUCUCUUUAUAGAAGCAUGAAAUUAAAUCCUUUGGACUCAAAGGAAGUUACUGUUUUAAUGAUUUCCUGAGCAGUAACAUGUCUUUGCAGCUACCCAUACAGAAACAUCAGGAGACCAUAAGUGCCUGCUUUUACAGAGCAGAGCUGGAGUCCGAAGUUCCUGACCUGCAUCCUAUUUUCAUGGGCUCAUCUCUGUAACCAGUCCCAUUUACUGAGCUUCUCAAGUCUUUGAAGCCAAUUAAGUUUAGUCUUGAAGUCCCUGGAGGUUGAAAAAGAUUUAAAAUCUUAUUUGGCAAGAAAUAGAUGUCAUCUGAGUUACAGAUUAGCUCCAACUAGCCAUGUUUAUCAAACUGGACACCAAAAUCAAGUUAAUUUUCAUAACAAACAAACAAACAAAACAAGCAUUAUUCUUACCUCCCCACCUAAAGUUAUGCCAUGCUAAUAAUUUCAUAGGACUGUCUACACAAAAGCAGAGAAUGAAGAACAUUUCCAGAUCCUCAGUACAGACAAAGGCUCACUGACAACCAAAUUCCUUAGGUGCCUAUUGUCAUUUCAAGAGAAAAUAGGGUGGGGAAAAGAGGGUCUGAAUUCUCUCUCCAUGCCAUAAAUACAAUUUAAAUAAGAUUAAUGCAGUAUGCUUCUUAUACAGCUUUAUGGCGGCAUGAAUUCCAGAACUAAACAACUGAGACCUGUCAACAGAGUUUAAACUAUGGCUUUUACAAGCUUUUGGAAGGAUCAAAAGUUCAAACAAUAAAUAAAUAAAAUCAGAAGUAGGAAUCAUGGACUGUUUGGAUUUAUGUGAAUGUCCACUUUAAAACCUUCAAGUCAAGUAUUUUCUUUUUUAUUUUUAGCUGUUGAUCUUUCAGAACAUGAGAUCUGUCAAUAUCUGUACAUCCAGGAAGGGAAGAAAAUUAAAAAGUUCUGCAUCAAAGAACUUUUAACAAUUUACAAGUACUUUAAGAGGGGAAAAAGAAUGAAAAAACUGUGUGAAAAAAAACAGAAUGAAACAGAGUGGAAAAACUCGACAUUUCAAUGGAAUAACUUUGUGGCAUUAUAUGCAAAAUAGCUCUAGUAACUUGGGAAUGUAAUAUGUUCAUUGUUAAGGCUAUAGUUGAUGUCAUGUCUUCAAAGCUGCUUUUUUGUUUAGAUUUGUGCAUCUCAGCAUUUUUAUUGCUAUUUAGUCAUGGCACCUACACUUUUUAUGGGCAAAGAUGGAAUGAGCUUUAGUUUUCAUAUUUGAAACAUUUUAAUUUAUAGAAACAUUUAAUGAAGUUCAUGUUUCUAUAGAAAAUGAGAUCUAAACUUUGCCGAGUUAAAAAUAGAACUGCCUGAAAUAUUAUUUAAUAGAGCUCCUGUCAAAACUAGAUGCAUUUGUGCAGGAUACUUAUGAAAAUAUUUAAAAUAAUAGGGAACCACUUGUGUAUUGAGUGUGGGCUUUGUUUUUUCUGCUAUCAAGUUUAAGUUAUAUAAAGCCAGUUGCAAAGCUGAACUAGAAUUGUCUGGCACUGUGCUAACAUUUGAGUCUUCAUUUCACAAUCCAGCCUUCAUUUCAAUUUGAGCCCAUAACCCCUGUCAAAGUUAAUGGCUUAUUUGACCUCAAACUUUUUCAAUAUUGAAUUGUUUAUUUUGUUAAAGGUUUACAGUGUCAAAAAUAUAAAAAGAGUAACUAUAAGUUCCUGUGCUGCUAUAGUACCCAGAUAAUUUGAAUGGGGUUUAUUUUGUAAUACUCUCUAUUAGCAAGAUUUUUAAGCUGCUUUAGAAAUAAUAUGAAGUAGACACAUUUCUGACAUUUACGUAAAUACUGCCGAUUUGUGUUCUAUCGCGUCUAUUCACUGGAGUGCCCAGUGUACUAGUUAAUAGCAAGCAGAAAAAUAAAGUUAAGAUGACUGAAUGGUUUUAUUCUUUUAAACAAAUAAUAAAGCUUUCCCACGCUGACUGCAGAAUUGUACAGUAUUGUGGCUGCAUUAGCUAUAAUGAUAGUUGAUGAUGCAUUUAUAUUAAUAAACAUAUUAGAAACAUUGAAUGUAUAUAAUAGCUUGAACUCAUUUAAAAUUUCCCCCUCCCAACCCCAUUUAUUUUACAAUGAUUCCAGCUUUUCCACUUUCUUUGUUACAAAAUAAAACCAGACAUUUUUCCACAAAAAUGCAGGGCCUUCAAGAUAUUCAUUUCAGUUAAACCCCCCUUUUCCCCUCGAUGGAUCAAACUGAGUGGUGAAGCCAUAAACAGAAGCAAAAAUGUCAAAUAGAUGCAAUUCUAAAGUUGUUUGGCAGGGAUGACGGGGGUUACAAAAGAAGUUAAAUAGUGAAGAGAGAUGAUAGAUCAUUGAAACAGCACCGUGAUUAAAGAUAGUAAUAUAUAAGGGAUUUGACCCCCCCAUUCCUCUAGAUAAGGAGAAUGACAUGAAGACAAGCAAAGCAAGAGAUUACAAGAAGCCCAGAAUUUACUCUUCACUGAAAAUCUGUUACUUCCAACAGCAGUCAUCUGCAAGGCAGAAGAUUUUUAAUGAUUUGGGUAGAAACAUAAGUGUCACAUUUGAUGCUCCUACGACACAUUUAUUUCCUGUUCCGUUUAUUUUAAAAAAUAAAAUAAAAACAGGAAUUGUAAUUUUUUUUUUUUUUUAAAGAAAGGAAAACAUCAGAAGAUCAUCUGAAUUAUCGAGUUAAAUCUACAGCUCAACGCGAACAGGAAACAGUAGCCCCAAACUGGUUAUUAAAGAGCCAGAUCGGAUGGAAAGGACAUUUCUCAAAAUAGUUUGGGUGUCUGACUCAACAUGGAACAACGUGUCUUCUGUAGUAACUGAAGUUGCUGGAUUGGGGAGUGGAAGUCAGGCGAGCAUUAUUCGUUCGAAAAUCCUGCAUCAUAUCUGAUGCAGCAGCUUAGCUAAGACGCUCUGAGGAGUAACUUUCAGCCAUAACCAUCUACUCACCUGUAUAUCAUUAGUGCAUAAUUGUAACCAUUAUUUUAAUAGUUUGCUUGUUUUCUGUUGUGAACUGUGACACUGCAGCCUUCAGAGCUGUCGUAAAGGUAACAGAGAAUAACUAUUAAAUAAUUCCUUUGGGAACAAAAUGCUUUGUGUGAAGGUCAGUUUGGGGUGCUGUAACUUGAAAAUUACAGACUCAAGACUUGUAACUCUUUGCACACAUGUGCGUUUACACAUACCAUUUCUGUGGGAGUUAAGUAUGCUUAAGGAUUGUAUCAAAAAAGAUAAAAUUCUCUGUGGACCUAGUGGCCCACUGGGUUAAGUGUGGUUAAGGUACAUCAUUUUCUGUAGCCAACAGCACAUAAGGGGGUGAUAUGGUCAGCAACACAUCUGGCCACCUUUGAAUCCCCAGACUCAUUUACAGCUGGGCUGAUUUGUGCCUUUGGCAUGCGUCCAGAUGGAGCUGUGAUAAGAAAUUCUGUGACCACAGACCCAGUAGACAGGGACAGCCCUAGCGGGUGUGGGUCUUGGGACAAAUCAGCCUGUGUGGGGCCCCCUGAACACUGUGUAGGGCCCAUGGGACCACCGCAAAGGCAGGGUAGGGGCUGGGGUCUCCCCCACAGUAUGGGGCAGAGCCCUGCAGGAGAGGCUGUGGUUGCUUCGCCUGGCUCUGUGGGGUGCAGGGCACUCGCCCCGAUUAGCCGUACCGGAGGCAUGGCCCUGCCUGUAGGACUGUCGGAUUUGGCCUUAAAGCAUGACAUUGUGUUUGGCUGUGCAUCUACAUAAAUUCUACAGGCCUACUGAUAAAAAGCAUGGUAAAAUAUAGGGCCUCAUUUACUAAAUUAUUUUAUUUUAUGAAGUAGCAAAACGGAUCACAUUAUAAAUUAACAACUCUCAAUUCUGUAUACAAAAUGUUCAACAUGUUUUGCUGUAUAGGGGUAUAAAAAUUCUCUGCUACCAGUAAAGUUCAGGUGUGUGUUAUAUUCCUCUCUCAGACAAAACGAAGCAAAAAGGAAGGAAGGAAGGAAGCUUCAUCCUAGAAUAAAAUUGUUUCCACCAGGUUAUAGAGUAUUAAAAAUACCACAAAAAUUAAACUAUAUUUUUAUAAUUUAAAUAGCAUAUUUUUCUUUUCCUUCUGAAUAUUUGAAUUCUAAUUAUCACCAGCAUUGUUGUACAUAAACAGGUAUACUUUAUCCAUUAUCUUGGAUGAUGUAUGUAAGUAGUUUGCCAUUUUAUUAUUGAAUAUAAUUUCAUUGUUCAGUGUCUUCAAAAUGUUAUAAAAACAUGCUGCCAUUCAACGUUACAUGUCUGUCUAGUUAAUAUUGUGAAGAAAUAAUAAAGCACACUGUGAGUUA